AUAUUCCACGUGAGUUCGGUUCACACGCCGCUUCUCUCCGCCAUGCUGCGCCGCGCGGCGCUGGUGCUCGCACCCUGUGCGAUAGGCGUCGUGGUGCUGUGCACCGACCGCCGGGUGCUGCUCCUGCGCCUGACCGAGGCCGCGCAACAGGCGGAAGAGUUGGGUCCUGCUGGUUUGGUCGGCUAUGUGCUGUGCUUCGUGGUGGCCACCCUGAUGAUGAUUCCCACAGGGCCCUUAGAGAUGGCGGCGGGGCUGCUCUUCACCGGCCGCUAUGGUUUAUCCGGGGCCAUCGCCCUGGCUGCGGCGGCGAAACAGAUCUCAGGCAGUGUGGGCUAUUUGCUGGGCCGCACCCUCUUCCGAGAGUCAGUGCAGGAGGCGGUGAUCGCACGUUUUCCCAUUUUCAAGGCGGUCAUGCAGGCGGUGAAGACCGAACCCUUCACCGUGACCUGUAUGGUCCGCUUUGCGCCGAUCCCCACCACCGCCAAGAGCAUGGGCUUGGCUGCCUCCGGGGUGCCCUUUGGCCCCUUCUUCUUGGCCUCGUUUUUGUUCGGCGCCCCAUGGAGCGCCAUGAGUGCCGUGGUCGGCUCCACACUGGCCUCCCUGCCUGAGAUCUUGGAAGGGCGCGGGGAGGAGAAGAUGCGUGAGUUGAUGGCAUCGUGGAAGGCUCAGCCCUUGCUGCUGACCUUUGGUGUGCUCCUGGGUGUGGCAGCCAUUGGGCUUUUGCCCCCGCAAUGGAAGCGCAUGUCUUGGAGAUGUUUGCAGUACCUAAGAGAUUCUGAAGACACAAAAGCUCAUGGAGACCUACCGUGAGUUCAUGAAGAAAGCUGCAUAGAAGCGCUGCGUAUACCACCUAGAGUGGCGCCAAGUUGGAGGAAUUGGCUAAGAGAGAGCUGGA